ACAUAUUAGAGCAUGGCACUAACAGUAUGUAUGUACAUACACAUACACAUAUGUGUAUGCACAUAAUAUAAACUCGUGUUGUAACGAUGCAUGAACAGGACAAUAUAUACAUAAUAUUUUUCUCGAAUUGAAAGACAAGUGUAUAAUAAAAAUGAUGGACUAUCAUGAAAUGUUACAUUGUCUAAUAAUCGUCGAAAAAAAUACAAGCAAUGAAGAAAUUGAAAACUUCGACGACAGUUUACAACGAAUUUUGCAAAAACUACAGUUAAAUUUCGAAAAUGUUGACAAACAAUUUAUGACAGAAGAUAAUGAAAAUGAGAACGAAUCUCAAGAUAUCAGAUAUCAGUAUGUACGCACAAUUGUGUAUAUAUUACAAAAAUUGAAAACAUCCAUAAGCGAGAACAAUGAAUCUUUCUUAAGCGUUCAGCAGUUUCAUGAUCUAAAAGUUGCCAUAGAGUUGGUAACUGCAAUGGGAAUCAUACCUGGUCUUUUACCAGGUGUUGGACUCGAUAUGGCUAAAUUAUGUCCUAGAGCUUUGCAGAUAUGCAAAAAGGAUACGACAGCCGUACAAAGGUACAGAAUACAAACUUUCACGGUUUCUUCUCUUAUGGAUCUGUGCAAUGAAAUUACGUUUCGCCCGGCAAUAAUAGCUCAAAUAGGUCCAUUACUUGCGGCACUUCUACAAUUAGGAUAUGCUCCGUUGGUAAAGCCAAACGAUACAAAUGAAAAUAAUGGGACAUUCAAAAUGACAACAGAUCUAUAUGAAAAGCUAAAAGAAGAUCAAGAAAAAUUUGUUUCUUUACUACAUCGGUUAUUAAAUCUUUGUCCCGUGUCAACAAGUAUGAAAAACUUGAUGGUAAUUCUUGGUAUUAAAGGAGCUCCAAAAUGGCUUCAGAGAGAAACUCGUAAACAUCUAAUUCGACAAAUUAUGCAGCCUAAUGGAGUUGUUUCGAUCAUAGCUGCUAUAUGCGAGGAUACAUUGGACGUUGGGGAAGAUUGGAAUAAAUUGGAUACUGUUUCCAGAUUAAUAACUACCUCGCAUGGAGAAAAUCCUGACGACUACUACGGUGCUAUAUGCCCACAAAUUCUAGAAAUCUUAGCGAGCAAACAACUAAAUCAUUCGUCAACAAUAGCAAACUGUUGUAUUAAAGCGCUUUACAACAACAAUCCUGACGUAUGCGUUAAAAGUAUUAUAGAUAAAAUAUGUAAUCCCUUGAUUAUACAUCCAUCUAAGAUGGAACAAAAUAUAAAUAUAAGUGAGAAAGAAGUAGAGGGAUGUAUAGAGAAUUUGACGAAGUGUUUUAUAAUAACAGAAGCAAAAUUUAAACAUUUACCUUGUAAAGUUUUAGGAAAAAUAGUUAUUCCACUAUUUUGCAUAUACAACGAUAUCAGAUUAAGCGCUUGUAUAUUAAAAUCUAAGAUUAAACAGCUCCUAUUGAGAAUUUUACACGAAGAGCCGCAAAAGAAUCAGCUUUUUGCCGAGAUUCUUGGACAUAAAUUAAUUCAACAUUUUGGACAUCGUAUAGCAUCAAGGUUUGGACCAACAGGUGGAAUUGAAAUUAUCGGAAUGGAGGAGGCUUUAAAUUAUGAACGAUUUGCAGAUAGUUUGCUAGAUUUAACAUCAACUAGCGAUGAAUUGUCGACUGCGCUAUUUUUAUAUUUGUUAGAAUUUUUAUCAAAUUUAAUGAAACUAGAAUGUAAGGAAGGAACUCGCGAUUUACUAGAAACAGAAAAUGAUACAUUUGAAAAACUUCAAAAUCAGUUGGUAUCUGUGAAACUUUUAUCAAGUUUAUCUAAUAUGUCUGCUGUGCAAGAAGCACAAAUAGAAAAUCCAGAGCCAAUGUUUUCAUUUAUAAAAUCACUGUUUAUUGAAUAUAACAAGGAAAGGCAAAUGUUGCCGGCAAAUGAUGAUUGUGAGAUUCUGUAUGUCAGUUUGAUGUUGAUAAAAAUAAUUUUGAGCGAAAGAAAAAGAGCUCUAAAUUUGCCAGCAUUUAAUGAAUUUAAAUUAUUUUUGGAAGAAUGUUGCACCGUUUCGAACAUGCCGAUGCAAUUGCUAUUGUUGAUCAAAGAACUCGUUGAACUCAUCGAAAGUCAAGGUCAACCGGAAAGAAAAAAUUAUCAAGAUCUAUCAAUUGAAUGUAAGACGACUAAAAAAUUCGAGGAGGCGCUUAAAGAUCUCACCGACCCCUUACUUCCAGUACGAGCGCAUGGUCUUAUGAUUCUUACGAAACUGAUAGAAACCAAGGAUCCUUGUGCUAUAGCCAGACAAACGGUGGUCCUUGAAAUAUUUAAAGAAAGUUUGAAACACGAAGACUCGUUUAUAUAUCUGGCAGCCGUUAAUGGGCUGUGUGCUCUGGCUACUUCGUAUCCGCAAGUUGUUAUUGAAACAUUAGUGCACGAGUACAUUGACAUGCCACAGCGUACUUCAACGGAUGAAAUUGCUGUGGAAACGAGAACUAAACUAGGAGAAAUACUUGUUAAAGUAACUCGAGGAUUAGGUGAAAUGGCAACAGCAUACAAAAAUAUUCUAAUAAAUGGAUUUUUGUGUGCAACGCGAGAUUCCGAUUCCUUGGUGCGUGCGUCUAGUCUUUCCUGUUUAGGGGAAUUAUGCAAAGUAUUGGGUUUUCGACUUGGAAAUAUUAUUACCGAGGUAUAUUUAUUAUUUCUCAGAUAUCCAACUUGUUUGAAAUUAAUCAGACUCGAAUGUGUUUUAUAUAUGCGAUUUCAGGUGAUUUAUUGUAUAAGUUGCAUAAUAAAAACGGAUAAAGCUGCCGAAUGUCGACGAGCCGCAGUUAUGGUUAGUACGUUGUUGCUCCGCGGUCUUGGAAAAGAUACGUUAACAGAUCUUGGAAAGGAUUUGGUCGAUUUGUAUCGCGGUCUAAAACAUUUACGAGACAACGACGAAGAUCCAGUUUUGCGUUUGCACGCACAGUUGUCUCUGGAAGAAUUGGAUCAGAUCGUUCGAGACUACUUGUUCUUGCCGCCAAAGCUUGAGAAAAGGAUAUUUCUAUUGGGCGAUUCGUAACAGUUGAUCCAGUUAUCUUAAGAUAUUGUCCGACGAUUAUUUGUACCCCUUUAUUUUCUAUAAAGAAUAUUUAUAUCCAAUACUUCGCACGUUAUUACACAAUUUGUGAUAUUUAAAUGAAUAAAAAGUAAGUAAAAAAUA